AGCGUAACUAGUUAGCUCCCCUAGUAUUAUCUCAGACACCGAUAUCUAUGCGAACGGCAAGUAGAUUGCGUAAUUUCAAGCGUCCACGUUCUUUUCGAUCAAAAGUUGACGAAGUGAACAGCAAGAAUGACUGCUGCCGUAAAGAAAGCACCCGUAGUAAAAGGCAAAGGCAAGAAAAAGAAGGCACCUGCCAAGAAGUUCACUUUAGACUGCACCCACCCUGUCGAAGAUGGAAUUAUGGAUGCUGCCAACUUCGAGCAAUUCCUCAAGGACAGAGUCAAGGUUAAUGGCAAAACCAACAAUCUUGGACAGCAAGUCGUCAUCGAAACUCUUAAAAACAAAGUGGUGAUCACUUGUGAGAUUCCAUUCUCCAAGAGGUACCUGAAGUAUUUGACCAAGAAGUACUUGAAAAAGAACAACCUGAGAGAUUGGCUUCGAGUUGUUGCUUCAAGCAAGGAGAAUUACGAGCUCCGUUACUUCCAGAUCAACAAUGAUGAAGACGAGGAGGAAGAAGAAGAUUAAAAUGGAGAAAAAUACAAAAAUUAAAAUGCUAUCCAGUGCA